ACAAAUGCAAUCCUUCUGUUGGUAGUCUUAAAAGGAGUAAGACUGUUCCGCGAAGGGAAUAGACCGAUUGAAAUAAUACGUACAGUACACUUUUUUUUAUCAGGCUCAGCUUUAAUCGGACGUCGUUCACCAUAGAAACAGAUUGUGAUUUUUCUAUAGCAAUUAUUAUUUCUUUAUAUGUUCAUAUAUGAUAUUGACGAUAUUAUAUUAUAUUAUAUCUACAUUUUAUAAAGUCCGAUUCCGUAGGAGCCGGUUAAAAGGAAGUAUACUCUUAAUAUUAAUAUUUAUUUUAUUACAAAGAUGUAAAUUCGAUAAAAAUAUAAAACAGUUAUAUAUGAACAUUUUGUAGGGAUAUACGCAAGUAUAUUUCAAAACAUUCAACAAUGUCUACUAUUGAACAAUUUAAAGAUUGUUCUAGGUGUGCAAAAAUGCAAACUGCUAAAGAACUUUAUGUUGGAAAACAAUAUAAAGAAGCAUUAAAAGAAUAUAGUGAACUUAUUGAAUUAUAUCCAAAUAAACCAUUGCAUUAUGCAAAUAGAGCUGCAUGUUAUAUGAUGCUUGAUAAAUAUCCUUAUGCUUUGGAUGAUGCAAAAAAAUGUAUUGAAUUGGAUGAGAAACUAUACAAAGCAUAUGUAAGAAUUAUAAAAUGUUGUCUGAUUUUGGGAGAUAUUAUUCAAGCUGAAACUACUUUAUCUAAGUUAUUAGAAAUUGAUCCUGAAAAUAAAGGAAUUACCACAGAGAAAAAAGACUUAGAAUAUGUGAAAAAGUUUCUUAAAGAUGCUGAUAUUGCAUAUGCUGCUAAGGAUUAUCGUAAAGUUGUAUAUUGUAUGGAUCGUUGUUGUGAUGUGAGUACUCGUUGUACAAGUUUUAAAUUAAUCAAAGCAGAAUGUUUAGUAUUUUUGGGAAGGUAUCAAGAAGCACAAGAGAUAGCAAAUGAUAUUUUGCAUAUUGAUAAACAAAAUGCAGAUGCUAUAUAUGUUCGUGCUAUGUGUCUAUAUUUCCAAGAUAAUAUUGACAGAGCUUUUACACAUUUUCAACAAGUACUUAGAUUGGCUCCAGAUCAUGCUAAAGCAUUAGAAAUAUAUAAACGAGCUAAAAAUUUAAAAAAGAAAAAAGAAGAAGGAAAUGCUGCUUAUGAAAAAGAACAAUAUCAGAAAGCAUAUAAAUUAUAUACAGAAGCCUUGACUAUAGAUCCUCAAAAUAUUGUAACAAACGCAAAACUUCAUUUCAAUAAAGCAACAGUUGCAGCAAAGUUAUCUCGAUUAAAUGAGUCAAUAAUAGAAUGCACAGAAGCAUUGAAAUUAGAUAAAAAUUAUCUUAAAGCUCUCAAGAGAAGAGCAGCUUCUUAUAUGGAGUUGAAAGAAUAUGAAAAAGCUGUUCAUGAUCUUGAGAAAGCCUGUAAAAUGGAUAAAAGUUGGGAUAAUAAACGAUUGUUAAUGGAAGCCAAAAUGGCAUUAAAAAAAUCAAAGAGAAAAGAUUAUUAUGAGAUAUUAGGAAUAGAUAAAAAUGCAUCUACUGAUGAUAUUAAGAAAGCAUAUAGGAAACGAGCGAUGGUACAUCAUCCUGAUCGACAUCCUAAUGCAACGGAAGGAGAAAAAAAAGAACAAGAAAAAAAAUUUAAAGAAGUCGGAGAAGCCUAUGGGAUUCUUUCUGAUCCUAAAAAACGAUCACGCUAUGACAGUGGACAUGAUAUUGAUGAUACUGAUGGGGGAUAUCAAGAUGUUGAUCCGAAUGUAGUAUUUCAGACAUUCUUUCAACAUGAUGGUUAUCAAUUCCGCACGGAUGGUUUCACUUUUCAUUUUGGUUAACGACAUUCCAAAAAUAUUUCUUUUUCUUCUACUAACUUAAUCUUUUAAAAAAUCGUUUUACUUUAGAGAUGAAUAUAUUGGAUUUGUUUAUAAUGGCAGACAUAUACAUUAAAAAUAUUUUCUAUUAA